AGCGGAAAGAUUCCAAAUUGGAAAAAAGCUUAGAGUAGUGUGUAAUGAAAAAGGCAUAAUCAAAAUGCGCGACGUCUAUGAAUAACGCAAAGAAAAUACCAAAGCCAAAUGGAAAUGUUUAAAUUACUAGGCAGUAGCGCCGAAUACCGAGUGUAAAGAUUCAAUGCAAACCACAUAAAUUUCAUAUCCCAGCGUGAACAUAAAAGCAAAAAUGACAGCAAUAAGUUUAAGCAAUAAAAAGCUAUGAUAUUACCAAUAAGCAGCGUAAAAUGGCAACGAGACAAUUAUAAAACCAAAUUUAACAACACGCUGUGAAAUGGUGUUUUAAACUAAAUAAUAAGUAUAAGUCUACAAAAGAGCUCCCAGCUAUUCCAAAUGCCAACUACAUCGUAGCAGUCGAACACCGAGUCCAGAGAUAUCAGAGGCAUCAGCUUUAACUAGAAUUACAGAUCGCAAAGCAACGCAACCCAAGUGCUUAGCAUAACGCAUCGGAUAAGUUAACGGCAACGGCAACGGCAAAGGCAAAGGCAAGGGCGCCUUCUUCCCGCGCAGCCACCGCAAAUACCUCACACAAACAUCGCCGACACUGAAACAUUCCACCACACAGUAUGGCCUCGGUCGCCGCUUGGCUGCCAUUCGCACGGGCGGCGGCCAUCGGUUGGGUGCCGAUAGCCACUCAUCCACUGCCACCGCCACCCAUGCCCAAGGAUCGGCGCAAAACGGACGACGAGAAGCUGCUAAUCAAUGUCUCAGGCCGUCGCUUUGAGACAUGGCGCAAUACACUGGAAAAGUAUCCAGACACAUUACUCGGGUCGAACGAACGUGAGUUCUUCUACGACGAGGACUGUAAAGAGUAUUUUUUUGAUCGGGACCCGGACAUAUUCCGCCACAUAUUAAACUACUAUCGCACUGGUAAGCUUCACUAUCCCAAACACGAAUGCCUCACCAGCUACGACGAGGAACUGGCAUUUUUUGGCAUUAUGCCCGAUGUGAUUGGCGACUGUUGUUAUGAGGACUAUCGCGAUCGCAAGCGCGAAAAUGCCGAGCGUCUGAUGGACGACAAACUCUCAGAGAACGGCGAUCAGAACUUACAGCAGCUGACCAACAUACGCCAGAAGAUGUGGCGUGCCUUCGAAAACCCCCACACAUCGACCAGUGCCCUGGUCUUCUAUUAUGUGACGGGUUUCUUUAUUGCUGUCUCAGUCAUGGCUAAUGUGGUGGAGACGGUUCCGUGCGGCCAUCGACCAGGACGUGCUGGAACCCUGCCCUGCGGAGAGCGUUACAAAAUCGUCUUCUUCUGCUUGGACACGGCCUGCGUUAUGAUCUUCACGGCCGAAUAUUUACUGCGCCUUUUUGCGGCGCCCGAUCGCUGCAAGUUCGUGCGAAGCGUCAUGAGCAUCAUUGACGUGGUGGCCAUUAUGCCGUACUACAUCGGACUGGGCAUCACGGACAAUGACGACGUGAGCGGCGCGUUUGUGACAUUGCGCGUGUUUCGUGUGUUCCGCAUUUUUAAGUUUUCGCGGCACUCGCAGGGUCUGCGCAUCCUGGGCUACACACUUAAAUCGUGCGCCAGCGAACUGGGCUUUCUCGUCUUCUCGCUGGCUAUGGCAAUCAUUAUAUUCGCCACGGUCAUGUUCUAUGCAGAGAAGAACGUGAACGGCACAAAUUUCACAUCGAUUCCGGCUGCCUUCUGGUACACCAUUGUCACAAUGACGACGUUGGGUUAUGGUGACAUGGUGCCCGAGACAAUAGCUGGCAAGAUUGUGGGCGGCGUUUGCUCGCUCAGUGGUGUGCUGGUCAUAGCCUUACCUGUACCUGUUAUUGUAUCGAACUUUAGUCGAAUUUACCAUCAGAACCAGCGUGCGGACAAGCGUAAGGCGCAGCGCAAAGCUCGCCUGGCACGAAUUCGCAUUGCCAAGGCCUCGUCGGGCGCGGCCUUUGUCAACAAGAAGAAGGCCGCCGAGGCGCGCUGGGCCGCGCAGGAGUCGGGCAUUGAGCUGGACGACAAUUAUAGAGAUGAGGACAUAUUUGAGCUGCAGCAUCAUCAUUUGUUGCGCUGUCUCGAAAAGACAACGGAUCGUGAGUUUGUCGAGUUGGAAAUACCAUAUAACGGGCAACCAAAGCGACCGGGCUCGCCCUCGCCCAUGGCGAGUCCUGCACACUCGACCAACAGCGCGGCGGGUCUGCUGCAGUCGUGUUGCGGACGCUGCUGUUCCCAACGUUAUCAGGCCUGCGGCAAAUACAUGCCUGCUGCAAGUAACGCUCAAAACAGCCAAAACAAUCAGCCAAUGGAUGGUACCUAUCUGGUAGAGGCCUCUUUCUGAGCCAGCGGCAGGCCAAGUUGGUCGCACAAUGAACAAAUGCUGAUGCUUAGGUUUAGUGGGAAUUGAGAAGUUUUCAAGCUUGUUGAUUUCAUUGAUUGUCGACAUCGCUCGUCUUGGCCAGGGAAGCCAAUUCUCAACAGUAAUCUAGAAAAUAAAAUCUGAUUUUCAAAAUUUCGAAAAUACUUAAUUAAAUACUUGCAAUUUAACACGAAAAGCUAACAGAAAAUAUUUAAGUGUGUAAAGUGUAAUUAUAGAAAGAGGUGGAAGCAAAUACGAAAAUAUGAAUGACAAGGAGGAGGAGGAUGAGAAGCAAGAAAAAACAAACAACAAUAAGCAACUUAUGAAAUUUGGCAAAAUAAUUUUAAAAUAUGAAAAUCAGCCAACAAGCAAAGAGAUAAUACUCGUACUUUUAAUUGCCAAGUGGCAGAAUCGGAUUUGAUUAGAAUGGUCCCGUAUUAAUAUGCAACACUAUUUACUUUAUAUAGGUGACAAGGUAACAACAAACACAACAACAACAACAACAGCAGAAGCAUUUUAGAGGAAUUUACUAUGUAUGUUUUUAAGCGAUAAGAAAUAAACCAAAUAUAAUUGAAUAGAGUGCAAGUACAUACACGUACAUAACCGUAUAAUGCAAAACACAUACAUACAUACAUAACAUACAUACAUAUGUACUCAAGCAGUUGCAUUGGGUCCAAAAACGAAAAACACAAGAACAAAAACCGAAUAAAUGCAAAAUACUUGUACAUGUACUUAAAGAGCAAAGCUAGCUUUAGCGGAUGUGUGUAGUGGAGAAUGAAGAGGUUAAAUUAUUAUAAAUAAAAUUUACCUAUUUUUUAAAUGAUCUGUAGUUUAGUAUGUAUGAAAGUUUAACAAAGUUUAACUAGCCACCAUGUUUUCAGCAGUUUUAAAAUAGGCAGGAUUGUCUGUUGCAGCAUCCUCUCUUCCCUUUAUCCAUUCAAUAGUGCGAAGGUUUCAGUUAACUUUUCGGUAAAUUAUGGAAAUUACACAAAGCACAAACUCAUAGAAAACAUCUUCCAAGAACUAAGUUUA